AUGCCUCCCAGAGCGUCUUUAACACCGUCAGAGAUAGCCACCCACAAGUGGAACAAAAAAACAAAGGCCAAGGCGAGUCAAGAAUCUGCUGGUGAAAAAACAGAUAAACCGUUGCAACAGUCAUCAAAGAUAAAGGCCUUAGAGCGGAAAGUUUGGAAUGAGACAAUGGCCAACAGUCGUAAGUGCGCACCCACAGUAACUGGACUGCAAUCAGUACCUGCAGCCAAGUUAGCACGGAAGACACCUGCAGAAAAGCUAGAUCACAACAAUGCAGACCAUGGUCAAGAAGCACAUGAAGAUAUCAGUUGUGCUGAAAGUCAAGUGUCAAUUCAAGAUAAUGACACCAUUAGUGAAUACGGAGACAGCGACCAUGCCUCUGAAAAAUCAGAGGACGAUAUGGACAACGAUAUGGAGUUUCCUGAAGAAGAUGAUUUUGAGUCGCUCUCCCAGGAGGAACUCGUCAAAGAGAUUCCCCAUUUUGUGCACACGGCUCGAGCUGCCAGUACUCAUUCGCUGCCUCCUCACACAGCUAGAGCUGCCAGUAUGCAUUUGCAAUCCAGCAGCAAUGUAUCUGAAUGGUCGUCAAUGGCCUCUGGCACUACCACCGGUGUUUCUCAGGUUGAUGUUGCUGACUUGGACUCGGAGAUGCCGUUUCAAGUUGCUGACAAAGCCUCUGAUGGUCAUUCCAAGUGUUAUUACCGUGAAGCUUCAUCAACAGUCACCAAACACCAGCCGGACAAGAAGAAAGACAAGAAGAAAAGGAGUAAGCUAGAAGGACGACAGGAACUCGAGAGACCUAAAUUUGCGGAUCUGAAAACUGAGGCACUGCCAGCAGAUGUUACUCACGAGUCAGCUCCUGAGUUGGACGAUAAAGAGUCUGAUUAUUCCUUUACUUGGCCCGUAUUCACAGAUCUAGUCUACUCAGCAGAUGGCUCUAUUAACCUCAAGGCUCAAAACACCCGGAUACAGAAUGUGUUGAAGACCGCCAUGUUUGAACUCAAGAAAGCCUCUCUCUUCGACAAUGCAUUCCCCAACAUCACUCAGAAGUGA